UUUUUUUAGAAGAUAAAGAUCAGAUAACUAGAAAAAUAAUAUUUAGAUAAGAAUAUUUUAUCUUUAGACAUAAGGAUACCGAAAAGAAGAAUAAAAAAAGACAAAAUAUUGAAUAUUUUAGAGAAUUUUUUGAAAUUUUGGAUUUAAAUAUUUAAAACUAAUAAAGCUGACUCGGGUUCUGUUUUAAAUAUGAAAAAAUAUUCAGAUGGAAGAAUAAAGAAAGAUAAACAGCUUUCAUAUUUGAAUUUUGGGCGUUUUAUUAAGCAAAAUAUUCGAUAUUUUGCAGUUUAUCAACAAAAAAUCCUAAUAGCAACAAUACUUUUUAUUAUUUGCAUUCAUAUAUUUACUUCUCAGAAUUUUACAAAGAAGCUUCUUAAAUUAUCUUACUGUAAUUCAGCAACUCAAUUGUGCAGCAAGGGAAAAGAUGACUGGUACUUUGUUGGAUUCUGGGUAAUUUUAUUUACACUUAUGCGAGAAGUUUGUAUACGUCAUAUUUUUAUUCCUUUUGGUCGGAAUCAUGGAAUUAUAUCAACUAGAAAUCUUAAUAGAUUUUCAGAACAGACAUGGAGUUUCAUAUAUUAUGUUGUUUUCUGGAGUUUUGGGAUGUAUAUUUCAUAUAAUAGUCCAUAUUGGCUUAAUCCUAAACAAUUAUGGAUUCAAUACCCUCAAGUAGAUCUUAAACCACAUAUUAAGUGGUAUUAUCUUGUUCAAUUUUCAUUUUGGAUUCAGCAAAUUUUUGUUGUAAAUAUUGAAAAACGAAGAAAGGAUUAUUACGAAAUGUUUUUUCAUCAUAUUAUCACGUGCACCCUUAUAUUCAUGAGUUAUAUCUAUCACUUUACACAGGUUGGAAAUGCAGUCAUGUGUAUUAUGGACUUAUCUGAUAUUUUUUUACCGUUAUCAAAAAUGCUUAAGUAUUUGAAAAUGCAUAAAACGUGUAAUUUAUCGUUUUUUAUAUUUUUUCUUUCAUGGAUUAUUACGAGGCAUAUUUUGUUUGUAUUCAUAGUAUAUUCAACAUAUAAAGAUGCAGGUGUUAUCAUUACACAUAAAUGGGAUCCUGUAAACAAUAUUUAUUUUACCAAAAAAAUUCAUAUGUCAUUUUUAGCAUUGCUUACAGCAUUAGAAAUUAUUUUAUUUUUUUGGUUAUGUCUUAUUAUAAAGGUUACAUGGCAGGUUAUUUCAGGACAUAAUGCUAAAGAUACUCGCUCUGAUUCAGAAGAUGAAAAUGACUUAGCAUUGAAUAAAAAGAAAUAUAAAAACACCUAUAAAUAACACAACUAAUUCUUGAUGUUUUAAAAUAAGAUAGAUAAUUUUUUUAUUAUUUUAAAACUAAACUUUAUAGAAAGUCGUAU